AGAGGGGCAUCACUUGGAUAAAAAUCAUGUUUAUUCAGGCUUCUUUUCCACUCGGCUCUUGAACAGCAACACCAUCAUGUCGCAACACAAUGUUAACACUCACCCUCCCAUUGAAUUCUCCCCGGCGUGGAGAAGAGCUCUGGAGGCAGAUGGUCACCUGAAGUCGACGCUCAGAAGCUGCAAACUCUCGUUUCCCUUCACUCCAACUCAGUUUCGAUUCCUUCUCGGACUCUUCAACACUCGUCAUGCGCUGAUUGGUGCACAGCAGCCCUGGGUGCUGUCUGCCAGGCACAUUCCCGCGAACGGACUGCACUCGCUAUUGGUUAUUCGUUUUAUAAGUGUUUUCUAGCAGCUUAAACGCUUUAAAAAGUUUUGCUGUGCUGCUGUCAUGUUUAAAAAAGCUCUGGUGUCGGCUCUUCCUAAAGUGCUCGUGAACGCACCGUUGUUGACUUCCGGGCGCGGAUGAGUCGGUUUAUUCGACCAUGUUAUGAUGAGAAUAUCUGAAACGGCGUAUGUCAAUGGUGUUUUUUAUUAUGCUUUCACUUCUUGGCUUCGCAUUAACCCAUGCGACGUGAAGAGCGGGACUUGCAAGUGUAGGCGGAGGCACCGUGAAUGCGCCGCUGUUGUCAGAUGGAACUGCAACUCCCAUGGUGCUCCGCGUGCAGCGUCGUCAUCCGUGCUCGACUGUCGCAUCUGGUUUUGAACAUCAGCAGCGAGCGGGAGUGGGUGUUACCAUGGCAACAGACAUUGUUUCACAGUUGGCUGACUCACUGGCCAAGGCUGGUGUGGAGGAGGCGGAGCUGAGCUACAAGGGGCAGGGGAGGAAGCUGGAUGAUGCCCAGUCAGUGGAGGAGAUUGUGAAGGAGAUCCAGGACUUUGAGGGUCUCCAGGCUCUGCGCUUGGAGGGCAACACUGUUGGCGUGCAGGCAGCUCAGGCCAUCGCUAAAGCUCUGGAGACCAAGAGCGAAUUCCAGCGCUGUUACUGGAGCGACAUGUUCACGGGUCGCCUGCGCUCGGAGAUCCCUCCAGCUCUGAACUCCCUGGGUGAUGCCCUGAUGCUGGCCGGAGCCCGGCUCACCGUCCUGGAUCUGAGUGACAACGCCUUCGGACCAGACGGGGUGAAGGGGAUCGAGAACCUGCUGAAGAGCACCGCCUGCUACACUUUGCUAGAGCUGCGGCUGAACAACUGCGGCAUGGGAAUCGGAGGAGGGAAGAUCCUGUCCGCCUCACUGACCCACUGCCACAAAAAGUCAAGUGCAGACGGCGCCCCUCUUAGUCUGAAGGUGUUUGUCGCAGGACGAAAUAGACUGGAGAACGAUGGCGCCACCGCCCUCGCGCAAGCUUUCAAGUUGAUGGGCAGCCUGGAGGAGAUCCACAUGCCCCAGAACGGCAUUAACCACCCCGGCGUGACGGCGCUGGCCUCUGCCAUGCAGCACAAUUCCAACCUGCGUAUCCUCAACCUCAAUGACAACACCUUCACGGAGAAGGGCGCCAUCGCCAUGGCGCAGGCCCUCAGGCACCUGAGCAGCGUCCAGGUGAUCAACUUCGGCGACUGUCUGGUGCGUCCCGCUGGAGCCAUGGCCAUCGCUGAAGCUGUGUCUGAAGGACUGCCCAUCCUGAAGGAGCUCAACUUGUCGUUCGGGGAAAUCACAGAAGAAGCAGCUUUGGCUGUUGCGAAGGCAGUGAAGGACAAAGAGCAGCUGGAGAAGCUGGACCUCAACGGAAACUGCCUGGGUGAAGGUGGUUGUCAGGCUGUGAAGGAGCUGAUGGAGGAGAUGAAUAAGCUGGAGCUGUUGGGCUCCGUCAGUGAUGAUGAAGGUGAACCAGAAGAUAAUGACGACGAGGAUGAUGACGACGACGACGAGGAUGACGAUGAGGAAGAGGAGCUGGAUGAGGAAGAAGAAAUGGGUGAGGAAGAGGACGAGGAGGAGGAAGAAGAUGAGGUGACAGAUAACAAGUUUUCCACGCCGACGUCGGCACCGCAGACACCCGACGUCUCCUCCUUCCUCAGCUUCCCUUCGCCAGACAAGCUUGUGAAACUGGGCGAGAAGCGUGCGUUGCUGAUCGAGCAGCAGGUGGAUGUGAGCGACGCCACCAGGACGGCUGAAGCCUUCCUCAAGAUCGCGUCAGUGUACAGAGACGACAGCCACGGCAUCAAGGAGGUGGUGCUGCAAACCGUCGAUUCCCUUCUGAGGAGCGCCUUCUCCAACCCCUCCGUCCAAGGCUUUGGCUUCGUCUCAUCUCUAUUGGUCUUGCUGGGACUCCUGAAGAGUGAGGGCAAGGUCAAACCGCUGCUGCUGGUGCCGGGCCACCUGCACGUCCUGGAGCACGUGGUGCGGCAGGAUUAUUUCCCUAGAGAUAGCCUGGCCGUGCUGCAGGCCUUCAUGUCGCGGGAUAACCAGGCGCUGGAGUCCUGUGUUGGUGUGAGGAAGAACCUGCAGUCCACCCUGCAGAGAGUCCUGUCUGAGAGCUGAAGACCUGCUCAGUGUUGUGAGUCGCUCGUCUUCGUGCGUCACACCUCUGGACCUGACCACACCUCAUCACCUCACGUCUUCCUCCUCUUUACUGGACUUUUAUUGUUUUAUAUUUUGCUCCUCUCACAUGAACGUUUGAGGGCUCAGUGUUCUGAGGCUCCGCUGUUGCCACUGUAAAAUAAAGUCU